CAGCGGCGCCUUCCGCCGGCCGCGGCCGGACGGCGCGUCCGUCAGCAACAGCCCCGAGGCGCCGGUGUUUGUAACUCUCCAGCUGAUUGGCUCGCCGCUCCGCCAGGAAGGAGGAGUAGAGAGCCGCCGUCGCAAGGCGAUUGGCGGAGGAGGUUGCUGCUCUGCUGGCUCCCUGCCACGCUCGCCGGCGGGAGGGUACCCCAUGUCGCCCGGAGCGCCGUGCCGUGGAUCAGGCCUCGCCUCGGGAUGAGCCGCGUUUCCCCAUGGAGUCUAAACGGGCCGAGAUCCCCAGCAGGGUCCUGGACGACCUGUGCAGCCGAUUUAUUUUGCACAUUCCAAGUGAAGAGAGAGAUAAUGCAAUUAGAGUGUGUUUUCAGAUUGAACUUGCCCACUGGUUUUACUUGGAUUUCUACAUGCAAAACACACCAGGAUUACCUCAGUGUGGGAUAAGAGACUUUGCUAAAGCUGUCUUCAAUCACUGCCCUUUUUUACUGCCUCAAGGUGAAGAUGUACAAAAGGUUUUAGAAGAGUGGAAAGAAUACAAAAUGGGAGUGCCAACCUAUGGUGCAAUUAUUCUCGAUGAGACACUUGAAAAUGUUCUUUUGGUUCAGGGCUAUUUAGCAAAGUCUGGUUGGGGAUUUCCAAAAGGGAAAGUAAAUAAAGAAGAGGCUCCUCAUGACUGUGCUGCUAGAGAAGUAUUUGAAGAAACUGGGUUUGACAUAAAAGAUUAUAUCUGCAAAGACCAAUACAUUGAGCUGCGAAUUAAUGAUCAGUUAGCACGGCUGUACAUCAUUCCAGGAGUUCCCAAGAACACAAAGUUCAACCCCAAAACUAGAAGGGAAAUUCGGAAUAUUGAGUGGUUUUCCAUUGACAAAUUACCAUGCCAUAGAAAUGACAUGACCCCAAAGUCCAAGCUGGGUUUGGCACCUAACAAAUUUUUUAUGGCAAUUCCCUUCAUCAGGCCACUGAGGGAGUGGAUUUCCCAGAGGAAUGGAGAUUCCUCAGAUAGUGACAAUGGACUUUCAUCUACAGGGGGCACACCCUCUAAGCCCAACUUGGAAAAAGCUAGAUCCAAACUUCGUUGUAGUCAGCAGGUGUUUACAGAUGGCUUUUCAGGAGAGCAGAGUGUGAAGCCAAAACAGCCACAGAAGCCAUAUAAUCAUCCUGAGCCGUCUGAAGUUUUGAAAAUAAAGAGUCAGAGCUUGAGGAGCAAUGGCAGAAAGCAGUGUCAAGAUGCUUCCAACCAGAAGAAACGAACAAAUGGAGUCCACAGUCAACCAGUUAAGCAAAACCAUACAUUGAAAUGUGAAAAAAGGCUUAAUCCAAGAAGACUUCAAGAUAACUUUGAAACAGCAGAUGCAGCAUAUGAGGUGUGUUGCUCCAGUGAAGACCGACUGCCAGACCAUGUAGAGGGACAUUCUGUGGCAUGCAAUGGCCAUUACACAUUUGCUUUCUCAUCAAGAGCUUUCUUGAGUUUCAAGUUUGACCAUGAUGCCAUAAUGAAAAGUUUUGACCUCUGACAGCAAAACACGAACAAAAAUCAGACUUGCCUGUUGCAAUUGAGGGGGUUUCUUAUCCAGCCUUACUCUUUCUCAGGAGGUUUUUUUUGUUUUGUUCUGUUUGUUUGUUUUUAAAUACAAUGCAGGGACUGACUGGUGGUUUGGAAGGGUUUGUUCUCUUUGCAGUACGGGAGUGGCAUAGUCAAGUGUUGCACUUUAAAUGCAGUAUAGCCUUUAUCCACAAAAGUACCUUUCCAGUGUUCAGUUCACUUGUUCCUAGCUGUGCAUUAGAGGGCAUUCUUUUUUCUUUUUUUUUUUUUAAAUUUCAGUUGCUGUGUGUUUUUAUAUAAUGUCAUUGACUUUUUACCUGUUGGAGUAUACCAGCUUGCUAAACUUCUAACUGCUCUGAUGUACAUUAUUGGACUUGUUAGUCGUUAUUGUGUAAUACAUUGCAAUAUUACGGCAGUGGCAAUGAACAUGAUUCUCAGAGGACUCCUCUGUCCUAGUGAUUUUGAAACCAAGUUGCACAUUUCAAACCUAGCCUCAGACUGUCAUCCUUUCUCUGUCCUGGUUGCUUGCCGAAAAUACCUUCCCUCCUUCUGUUGGCUGACGAUCAGUGGUACUUGGAGUCAGAUCUCUAGCAUGUUGACUUCUUGUACCUACUCUGCCUCUGUCUUCAGUAAGGAUAUGUAAACUGGGUAGAACUCAGCCAAAGUGUCUAGCUUCAACUCUUACGCACUGUCCCCAGCUGGGUAAGAAGUUGCAAAAUUUUGUGUUAUCCCAGUUGAAGCUGCUUUCAAAAAGAAAAGCGUAAACUUUGUGAGAGGUUACUUGUGUAGAAUUUAUAUCGAAUGUAAAUAAGCCUCUGUAGGUCUCGCUGAGGAGGAAGGCAGGUGCAUGGAUAAUAGUCAUUGUGUGACACUAAAUGGCUUAAUCAGGCUUGCAAUAACUAUUUUAAGGGUGUCCAGUAUUGUAUUCUGUGCUGUUGUCCUCAGAUCUCUUGUGUAGUGUAUGCUCUGUAUAUAUCCAGUUGUAUUGAAUUGCACUUGCAGUUAGCAUUGAAAUGAUGUAGCCUCAGUCAUUUUCAGCUACAACAUUAUUGGGGUUUGAACACGUGCUUUGCAGUUGAGAGGAAUGCACUGAAAUAAUUUGUCACAGCAGCUUGUGGUAGCAAGCAUGUUGUCCCAAAUUUAAAAAUGGACUUUUCCCUAAAAUAAAGGUGAGUAAUUGGUAACUUCAUAGGUUGAAUGAACUACGCCCUUGUCUCAUCACAGUGUAUGCUCAUGCACUGAGUCUUUAUGCAACUCAUUUGUCAUCCAAAAACAAAAUCUUGGUCUUCCUUCAACCACCCUACUUCAUCUACCCUACUUGAUCUGUUACCUAGUGCUUUUCCUCAGAAAUAGCUUUAGAACUAUCUCCUAGUUUAUUUACCUGCCUGCUGCCUGAUUUGGGACUCUAAUGCUGUAAGAAUCUUGGCAAUAGGAAUGUUGGACUUCUGUAUCAGUCAACGAGAGAAACAGACUGCUGCAUUUCCUCCUUCUGGAGGACAAGAGUCCUGAAGGCCUUGUCUUUCAAGAAAAAUUGUGAAAUAGCUCCAUCUAGCUUUGUCUCACUUUGUUUUUUUUAAAAAAAAAGAGAAGAAAAAAAAAAAAGGUAUCCAAAGGCAGUUCAAAACAGUAAGUGGUGAAGAACAGUAAUUGAGAAGGUGGGAUAAUGCUGGAGGAGGUUAUGUUAUUCAGCCUCAGGUGAAAACUAAUCUUUAAUUACUUCUUUAGUUCAAGUAGUUGAUUUCCCAGCAAAAGUGCCUUUACUCAUGGUGAGGCAGAAGUUUGUAUUCAUAUCCUGAGGCUGCUACUGCCUGUGGAGUUAACAAGACUCUCCUAAGGCAUGAUUAAGUAUCAGGCUGUGGAAAUCUUUAAUAAUUAAGUAAGUAAAUAAGUAAGUAAAUAAGUAAAUUAGUUGUAUUUCAACUAGUGCUGUGUGAAAUAAGGGGGAUGUUGAUGAAACAGUGAACUCGGAGCUUCUGUCAACUGUUUGGGAAAUCGUGUCCCAGACAGAGUAUUCUUUAGAAUGAAGCAAGUGUGUCCUAUGAAUAGGAGAUGCUGGCUACCCGCUGUAUUCACUGGGUCAUUUUUUUUCUUCUUCAUGAAAGGUUGGUUUAGUGUAAGAGAAAUUUGUUGCUUCGUUAAGCAGCCCAAAGUGGGGUUUAUACAUAUGUUAUCAUUUUAGUAAAUCUAGCCUUAAUGUGAGUUGCAAAUAAAUGUGAUAAAUAUGCAAUAACUUACUUCUUUGUAUAAGGGUACUGUUUCUUGUAGUAGCAUUGCUUUGUUUUCUCAGUAAGGUUUCUAAAACAAUCUAAGUGUGGUGGCAUAUGGUCUACCUUAUUGGUUCCAUCAUGCCCUGCACUGUGAACAUUUUGAAUGGUUUACUAUUGUUUAUGUUCUUAUUUCACAAUCCUUUUAUAGUUAAGUAUAUUUUUAAUUUUAGAAGUACAGUUUACAUUAUCUUCUGUAAAACAGUGAAGAAAUAACAAGUGAGAUAUAUAAUUUAGUUUUGUAAGUUUUUAUUUUAUGGGAGCUAGACACAGAGAAACAAGUAACUGCAUGUCAGACUUGAGAGCUGAUGCCAAGAUACUUGAAAAAGAAACAUUGCUCACUUUGAGAGUGCUUACCUGUAAGGGGUUAUGCAGAUUAUGAAUGGUCAUUCAGUGUUCUUGAAAUUAAAGAACUCAUGUCAUAAACAAACGUUUAACAAAAUAACUACAAAUGUGGGGGUGCUGGGAAUCUAGUACUAGUUUGCAGUUUCUAGUACUACAUAAACUCCCUGCUUUAGUGUGAGAUUUUUAGCAUCUUUCAGAGUGCUCUAAACUUUGAACUCAGACUGAAGAGUAAUCUGCCUAAUUGAAUGACGAAUGUUCUGUGCUGAAAUGCUAUUAGCUCCUUGAUGUACAUGCAUGUUGAAAGUAGCUGUGUUUGAAGUCUGGAAACAGUGGUACUGGGAAGAGGGGAAAUAGCUUGCUUAUUGCACAAUCAAAGUAUUUUUUUAAUACAAUGUAAAUUCUUUAGACCAGACUUGCAUAAAUAAGUUUCUAAUAAAAUUUUGGGCCUAGUCACUGUUUCAGGCUUCUGUGCUGUGCUCCAAACUUCCUGACUUAAUUUGGUGAUUUGAGAACAGUAUUUACUGUGUUUUGCCUUCACCUACCUGUGGCUGUUAAAACUGUAACAGUUGCUUUUAGAAACAAGGCAGGUUUCGGGUAUGGCUAUUUCUAACAGACUUGUUCUCAGAUUGUAAUUUUAGAUAAAUUAUUUUUUCCGAUUUUUAUUUACUGUAGUAGAAUUGCUUUUGUUAUUUGCAAUUUAUAGCAGCAGUCUUCAUUCUGGUGUGAAGAGCAAGAGUCUACAUUAAGAAUCCAAGCUCUACUAUCCUGUGGUGCAAGAUGGCACUGCUGUUCCAUAGGCGACUGGCUGUCCAGUUGUUGGGUCAGUGGGCCUUUCAAUCCACAGCUACCUUUUUUUUUUUUUCAUAAAUUCGGAACAAAAGAGAUUUGGGUUUUUUUCAAGUAGGAGGCUAUACCCUAAAUGUGCUGGGAAGUUCAAAAUUAUUGAGAACUGGUAGAAUAGCCUCUUGUUUGAAUUUUUUUUUUUUUAAAUCCAUUUAUUUACAGAAAUUAAGUCUUGCACUGUAAAUGUUAAAUAAUCUGGUGCUUAUACAUGACUUCAUAAUUUCAGAUUGUUUUUGUUAUUACAGUGUUUCAGCUUUAGAAGCAACCAAAAUUAUGUAAAAUAUGGUAAAUUUCUACAAACUAACUGAAGGUGCUUUUCCAAUAAAUUGGGCUUGGAAAUUUAACUACUCUUGCAUAAUAGAUUUUUGUUCUUACGCAUUUAUAGCAAUAGUGUAGUUCAAGAAUGAAAGUAGGCUAAAUGCUAGUAUUUGCACUGUUCUUUAUCCUGUACAUAAGCACUGAUAGAUGCAGUAGGAUUUGUGCUGUGUGUGCAUUUCACUGUUUCAAGUAGGUUGUGAACUUGCAAUGAAGACAACAUAUGUAGCAAUUACAUUGGCCAUAUUCAAGAUUGUACAAGAGGAAGUAUUCUGGAUUAGUAGUACAUUAAAAUGUUGGGGUUUAACUUAUCUUUUAACUGAGAAUGUUAGGUUAAGCUACACUUAUUGUAUACAUUCAGCUUUACAGAAACCCUUCUCUUUAAAUUGUUCUCAGCUCUGGGAUGCUUCUGGGAAGGAAGUAGAAGUGUCUUCAAUUCUUCCUUCAAUACUUGCAAGAAAAAAGGAAAGCUUGCUUUUAAGAAAUUAUCAACAUUUCACAGGGUACAGAAUGUUUAAAUUUGAAUAGGUCCAUUAUGAAAUUUACUGGAAACACUUUUAAGUACUUUGUCAUUGUUAAGCUUUUAUAUUGUUGAUCAGAAGAACUAGCUUCUAGUUUCCAUUGUGGGUUACAGUUCAGUGCCUUUAAGAAAAUGAUUAUAGCUCAUGGAGCAUGAGUCAUUUCAAAACAAGGCAUUUAUAGCUUUUUAGGAAUAUAAAGAACUGCAAACUCAGUUCUCUACAACACACUUUUCACUCAGAAACUGCAAAUUUUUUGAAGUAUGUUUGAGUAAGAUUACCAAACUAGGGAGUUGAACCAUUUAGGUCUUAACUGGUUGGGUACAUAUUUUUGUUAUGCAGAAGUAUGCAAAACUGCAUGAUUCAGAGCUCUCAGCAAAUACUUCUCAAACCUAUACUUAAAACAGGAUCGUUGGGUAACUUUACUAUGUCUGCAUGGCACUGCAGUAUGUGGAAGCUGUACUUCAGCCCUGAGGAGCAGUUUAGCUGGGUUUGCAAGGCACUUUAAAAAGCAAAAUGAACUCCACAGAAGAAGGUGGGGUUUUGUUCAUUAGUUUUGGCAUAAUGCUAAAUUGCUGUACGUGUUCCCAGGACCCAGGCUGACUCAGGUAUUGCUGCCCAAAGAUAACACUUUUCUGUGCAGCAUCGCAUGUCUCGCAGAAAAUAGGGAGCCAGUGUUUCAUUAUAUGGCUCAUGCAUGAAGGAUUAUGUCUUCCUCCUGUUUGUUUAAGCUCAAGAACUUGAUCUGUUUUCCUCACUGGUAUGUAAAUGGCAUAUCGGUGCUAAUUAAGUAGAAAAUACAUACAGCUAAUAGGGUUAAAACCAUGUAAAGUUACAGAUUUUAUUCUAUUUCCAUGAUGUUAUCUUGAAGAAAGUUUGCAUUAGUUAACUCUUCAAUAAAUAAAAUAUGUAACUACCUGUAACAUCAGCUGUACUGAUGAUUGUGAUUUUGUUAUUCACUGAUUCAGAAACUGAAGCACCCCAUUUAAGAGGCUAUGACUAAAUUGACAUUUUCUUCCAUACUGUAAUUUUUCUCUGUAAAAUUAAACAACUUUAUGCUUAAACUUA